AUGGGGGGCAGUGGGGACCCCCCGCUGCUGGGGGCGGGUGUCUGCGUGGGGGACCCGGUGCUGCGCACGGGGAAGCCGCUCUCGGUGGAGCUGGGUCCCGGCAUCAUGGGCUCCAUCUUCGACGGCAUCCAGCGCCCCUUGAAGGACAUCACGGAGCUCACCAAGACCAUCUACAUCCCGCGCGGCAUCAACAUCCCCGCGCUGGCCCGCGGCGUCUCCUGGGACUUUGCGCCCAGCAAACACGUCCGGGUCGGCAGCCACGUCACCGGCGGGGACAUCUACGGCGUCGUGACCGAGAACUCGCUCAUCCAGCACAAGAUCAUGGUGCCGCCGCGGAGCCGCGGCACCGUCACGCACAUCGCGCCGCCGGGCAACUACGACAUCUCGGACGUGGUGCUGGAGCUGGACUUCGAGGGCACCACGGAGAAGUUGACCAUGAUGCAGGUGUGGCCCGUGAGACAGACCCGGCCCGUGGCCGAGAAGCUCCCGGCCAACUACCCRCUGCUCACAGGCCAGAGGGUCCUGGACGCCCUUUUCCCGUGUGUCCAAGGUGGCACCACGGCCAUCCCAGGGGCCUUCGGCUGCGGCAAGACGGUCAUCUCGCAGUCGCUGUCCAAGUACUCCAACAGCGACGUGAUCGUGUACGUGGGCUGCGGCGAGCGGGGCAACGAGAUGUCCGAGGUGCUGCGGGACUUCCCGGAGCUCACCAUGGAGGUGGACGGGAGGACGGAGACCAUCAUGAAGCGCACGACGCUCGUGGCCAACACGUCCAACAUGCCCGUGGCUGCGCGCGAGGCCUCCAUCUACACGGGUGAGCUGGGCGCACUUGCUGACGGAUACGUGAUGUGCCUGUGGGACACGGGAYGGGAGAGGGGACAAGAGCGGGAUAUGGGACGGGCCCAUUCCCUGCGUCUCCCACAGGCCUCCCUGGCCGAGGCCGACAAGAUCACGCUGGAGGUGGCCAAGCUGCUCAAGGACGACUUCCUGCAGCAGAACGGCUACUCGCCCUACGACAGGUUUUGCCCCUUCUACAAGACGGUGGGAAUGCUCCACAACAUGGUGACCUUCUAYGAGCUGGCGCGGCACGCGGUGGAGGCCACGGCGCAGGCCGAGCACCGCGUCACCUGGGCCACCAUCCGCGAGAACCUGGGCGACAUCCUCUACAAGCUGAGCGCCAUGAAGUUCAAGGACCCGGUGAAGGACGGUGAGGCCAAGAUCAUGGCUGACUACGCCCAGCUCAAUGAGGAGAUGCAGGCGGCUUUCCGCAACCUGGGGGACUGA